GCGAACGUCACUUCCGUCAACAAUGCCAUGUGUUGCUUACAUAAACCAGACAAAUCAAGUCGGUCAUUUUACAGAUUCUUCAAGCUGGAUAUGUACUAAACCAUGGCAACCAUAUCACUUGUCCAAGGUGCUAGUCGCGGAAUCGGACUGCAGUUCUGUCGUACCUUGCUUGCCCGUGGUCCAGACUCUGUUGUCAUAGCAACAUGUCGAUCCCCAGACUCUGCAACAGAUCUUCAAAAGCUGUCCCAACAAUACCCGAACCAGCUCCGCAUCCACCAGCUAGACAUUACACGUGAGGGUGAUAUAGAGAAAACAUCACGCACAAUUGCAGAAGAAACAGACAGACUGGAUCUCCUCAUCAACUCCGCAGGUAUGCUGCAUCCAUCAGGGCGUGGGGAAACAAGUCUCAAGGAUGUAUCUUCAGAGGGGCUGUCGGUCUCAAUGAUGACCAAUGCUUUGGGGCCGACCCUGAUGACCAAGUACUUCAGUCCCCUCCUUGCUAAGGGGGUUGGUGUGUUCGGGGUGCAAGCAGCAGAGCCUAAAGCCAGACAUUCGGCUGUCCUGGUCAACAUGUCAGCCAAGGUUGGAUCCAUAACUGAUAAUGGUCUUGGAGGUUGGUACAGCUACCGGAUGUCUAAAGCUGCCCUGAACAUGGCCACUAAGAAUCUCAGCAUUGAACUUGGCAGAGGUCGCAACAAGGUGAUCUGUGUGGCGUUGCACCCUGGGACUGUGGACACAGACUUGUCCCGCCCGUACCACAAGGGCGUCCCGAACUUGUUCACUGUGGAGCACUCGGUGAACUGUCUCAUGAAUGUCAUAACUAGUCUCACAAUGAAGGACUCUGGGAAAUACCUCACUUACGAUCGUACAGAGUUGCCGUUUUGAUGAUGGAGGGACACAUGGCAACAUGUUGAUGUGGGCGUGACUAGGUGGGAGAUUAUCCUGGGAUGAUGUGUUUAGGAUAGGUUGAAAAACAUCACUAAGUUCCAGAGACAAUAUAUUGUGUGACAGACAUUCUACCUCAUCUGUAGUCUUACUUAGGGACCAGUUCAAAAGUUCAAUAGGAUAAAAAACUGAAUUCCUUAAGUUUUGCGACACCUCCUCUCCCACCCAAAACUUUAUUCUGGAAAUGCUAAAUUCUUUUUACUACUCACAAACAUACUGUCAUGGUGAAUGACAAAUAUAUUAUUGUACUUUUUCAUAUGUUUUGAUAUAACAUUAACAAAAGUCUGGAAUGUCUAGAAAAGGAAAUGACAAGUAUUUCAAUGUUCACAGUUUGAAUAAUGAUCUAAUGUAGUAUAAAUAAGAAGGGAUUUUGGUCAAUUUUAGUUAUUGUAUGAAACACUGAGAAAUAAGAUAAGUUGAUUUUAGAGGACUUCCAGGGCCAUUAAUACCCCUCCCUAAACUUAAAAACUUGAGAAGUUAUUACAAUUUUUAUCCGACAGCCAAGUUUUGAAGCGGUCCCUAAGGGUUGUCUAUUGACAAAAGUUUGUAUUGCAACAUACAUUUCUGUCUAUAUUGUGUUAUACUGGGCACUGAAAGCGUUCGACAGUGACUGGCACUGAUGUAUCUGUGGAUCUACUGAAUUAGAUAUUUAGCAUGGUCAGUGGUCCCCAUAUUGUUGUCACGGUUACAAGGGAGAUUACAACUGUCAAAAAAAUCACUUUCCUGUUACAAGUGUUUUGUCAGUCAAAUUCGAAGGGAGACAAUUGUGAAUGAAUAAUUAUAACUUGAUUAUAUAUACUUUUUUACCCAGUAUUCCACAACACAGCAAAAAUAUUGGAGGAUAUGUCUCAGAAAAUAGUACUGGUAAUAUGUGUUUGUGUUAUUGUAUAUACUGAGGGUUUUGGGGACCUUGUAAAAGAAGCCAGCCUUAAUAAAGUAUUUGUUGUGUUAAA